AUACUCUGUGUAGACUGAUCGUAUCAGUGAAUACAAUAGAACCAAUGCAUAUGACAGAAAGAUCUAUUCAAAAUACGCAAAUAACCAAAUGUAAGUCACAUUGUGAUCAUACCCAACGGGAUCAGGGGUUUAUGUACCUACACACUCGAUGCGGGGAGAAAGUUGCUGGACAUGUUUUCCUGAAAGUGUGUUAUUAAUUCACUGUGUGCAAUAUUGUAGACAUUGUACUUACCUGGAUUUAGGUUUGAACAACAAACAUCCCAAAUCGCUUGUUUGAAUUGUUUCGAUGCAAAUUGUUUACUCUUUGGCUUGAAGAAAAGUAGUCGAACUCGAAGUAUAUGUUAUCUGUUGCGCACGAUCCGGUCAUGGAGCUGCAUGCAUUCGACUUUGGCCCAGAGGAAAUUGGCUCCGCAGAACUCGCCGUCAUAUACAUAAAAUGAUAUCGAAACGGGUCCCACACAUGAAUGAGGGACACAAGGGGAUCCAGGUCUGCCGGGACCCCUAACAGCAGCAAACUUCUUCAGAUCUGACUUGAGGGAGGAGGUGUGUGUGGUCUCCACCCUCUACCCUUUCCUGUAGGACUUAUGUUUCCUCCCGAGUCCCUCUGUUCUCGCUAUUAAACGAAGCAGGCCACAACGGUCCCAGACCGAGGCAGUGUAGGCAGAAACACUUGGCCUUGUCCCUGUUUUUCACUCAAGUGACUGGGGAUAUAUAUAAAGGACCUCAACUUUUUCCCCCGCUGUUGUCUUUUUUUUUUUUAGCUUGAUGAUUAUAGUAUGAGUCUUCCUCCCCAGCAGAAAGUGAUCCCUGAUAAGAGUGGGGGCAAACAUCGGGCUGCAGCUGCCAUGAAGGAGCCCACAGUGCAGCACGCCGGGGAUGUCUUCUAUGGGGGUAUGGGCCCCCCAGCUCUGGAGUCUGCUCACGGGGUCGGGGAGUCUCGAGGCCACGGCUCUGGGGUCUUCAACCCAGAGAAGGGGCCCCAAAGUCGGGCACACUACCAGCAGACUGCCCCUGUCAAAUGGAUGCACCAGGACCCCAUCCAAGCCGCUGGCUGGUCUCAGGAUGCUCCUGGGCCCCUGCCAACCAAUCCAUGGGGGCAGAACUUUAGCCCGUAUAUGGGUGGCUUGAACAAUGUUAGGGGCCAGAUGGCUUUCCCCAAGGGGAGCCACGAUGGAGGAGCUGCUCUGCAAAUGGGGCCAGCAGAGAAGCAGGCUCCAGGAUCCAUGGAGGUUUACAGGGAGGCAGCCCAAGCUCAAGCCCAGGUCCAGGCUAGGGGCUUAGAGUGGGGUCAGCAUGGUGCGGCAGGCGCCAUGCGUCAAGCCCAGCUCCAGGCCUUCCAGCAGGGCCAUAAGGGUGUAGAUCUCCAGGCUCAGCCCCCCCAUGCCCCCUCCUCUCACCCCUCCAUGCCACCAGGGUCCUUGUUGCAGCCCUUCCAGCUGGCGUUCGGACCCACCAAACAGCACCUUCCGUCUGGGUACUACCAGGUGGUCCAGGGGGGCACCAAGGCCAUGCCCAACCUGAGCUACAACGAGCAGCCCAAAACCCAACAACAACACCAACUGAUGCAGCUUCAGAUGCAACAGCAGCACCAAGUGCAGCAACAACAUCAACAACAGCAGAAGCAGCAACAACAGCUACAUCAGCAGCAGCAUCAUCAUCAACAACAGCAGCACCAGUUGCAGCAACAGCUCCAGCACCAAAUGCAACAGCAUCAGAUCCAACUGCAGCAGCAGCUGCAGCAGCAGUACUACAAGCAGCAACUACAACAGGAGCAACGGCAACAAAUGCACCAGCAGCAGCAGCAACCGCACAGUUUACCACCGCAGGAAAUACUGCAGCCACAGUCUCAGCAAAAGCAACAGCCAAACCAACACUUCCUGAGUUACAACCAGCCCCCUGACAACUGUCUGUCUAGCGCUAGCCCCACACCCCCUCAGAAGGACAUGCCUCCGUCUGUGGAAACACAGGGACAUACACCGGAUGUAGAGACCCCAUCCACUGACCCGUCAAGCACUCCCUCCUGCCCUCCAAAGCUCACAUCGGACCCCAUGUCACCCUCCUCAGACGCAUCUCCGGCUGCCCCCCGUCGCUCCCGCCGCCUCUCCAGAGACGGGCUAUCACCCCUCGGGGACCCUCCCUCACUAUCCUCCUGGAACCAGACCUCCGGAGAGGUACCCCAGAAUGGUGUGGUGGCCGGACGAGAGGGGGGGGAGAGACAGGGGCCGACUGGGGGGGUCAUCCAGAGUACCCACCGGAGGAGGAGGGCGUCGAAAGAGAUCAACUUGGAGACUCUGGCCCAGGAGGCUUCGGAGAGGGAAUCACUGCCCUCCGCCAAGAUGGCAAAGCAGCAGCAGCAGGAGGAGGGGCUUACUGGCAGACAGGCUGGCAUGGUGCCCCUGGUUAUCCCUGUGUCCGUGCCAGUGCGCCAGGGUCAGACAGCCCCUCCGGGCACCUGGCCUCACGGGCGCCCCCCGGGCCAGCACGCCCUGCUCCCGCACCAGUCCCAACACAAGCCCUCGGUCAUUGUGGCCCGCCGCCGCUCACUGAGGAACUCCCUGUCAGAGAGCUUCAGCCAGGACGGGGAGAGCGACGCUGGGCAGGACGACGAUGUGAAAUCAGCCAAGCACAAACGGCGUCCUCGUCCCGAACCCCUCUUCAUCCCGCCGCCCAAACCGGCCACGUUCAUCGCCCCCUCGGUCUACUCCGCCAUCACUCCCUACCAGAGCCAUCUGCGUUCGCCAAUCCGCCUGCCCGACCACCCCUUCACCCUGCCGCCCUACACCCCACCGCCCAUCCUGUCGCCGGUGCGCGAAGGCUCGGGUCUCUAUUUCUCCACCUUCCUGUCCUCCAUCGCCGCCGGCAACCAGACUCUGCAGCCGCCACCCAACACGCCCAAGUCGGCCUCACGCAGCCUCCUGCGUUCCACCAGCUCUACAGACAUCACGCCCCCAGUCCUCCCUUUGAUCACCGAUGCCACACCUGUCAGCUUUGAACCGCGUAUUAACAUUGGCCUGAAGUACCAGGCGGAGGUGCCAGAGCUGCAGUGUGACACCUCGCUGACCCAGUGCGACCAGCACAAGGCUGACCUGGUCUGGCUCCCCAUGAAGGAGUCCCUGCUACGCCACGCAGAGCAGGAGACUGUGGACGACCUGAUGAGCUUGGCCUGCUCCAGCGCUCUGUAUGGCGGAGGCACCAAUCAGGAGCUGGCCCUCCACUGUCUGCAUGAGUGCGGGGGCAAUGUCCUUGAGACCCUGGCGUUCCUGCUGCUCAAGGAGCCCAUUUUCUCUAAAGACCACAACCUGGCAGACUAUCACUACUCAGGAUCAGACAGUUGGACUCCCUCAGAGAAGCGCUGCUUCAACAAAGGCAUCUCUGUCUACAGGAAGGACUUCUUCAUGGUGCAGAAACUGGUGCAGACAAAGACAGUGGCACAAUGUGUGGAGUUUUACUACAUGCAUAAGAAACAGGUGAAGGUCAGUCGCAGUGGAACCCUUACCUACGGACCUCCAGAGUCCCCAGCAGAGAAACACACAGAGGCAGUAGGGGAUGUCAAGAGCUCUCAGGGAUCGAAAACAAGUCAGAAAGAAGAAGUUGACAGGAAGUGGGAAAGGUCAUGUGACCGAGGUCAAGAUGGCAACCAGUCGAGGGUUACUCAGACACUACAGGCUCACGACAAUACAGGAGCAGUGCUAGGGCACAGGGACCAGGAUGCUGUACACAAGGUUGGUCCUCCCCAUCCAACCCAUCCCUCUGCACCCAGAAAACCUCGUCCCGAGUCUGCUGGGAAGAAGAGUGGAGCGCCCCCAAAGCCCCCGGGCGACCCAGAGGGCGUGUUCCCCUGCAAGAAGUGUAGCAGGGUGUUCUACAAGGUGAAAAGCCGCAGCGCCCACAUGAAGAGCCACGCCGAGCGGGAGAAGAAGGAAGCCGCGCUCAAACUCAAAGAGGAGGAGGAGGAACGGGCGGCCAUUGCGAUGGGGGAGGCAAGGGCCAGGGAGGCAGCAGAGGCUAUGCAGAAUGGGAAUGAGGGUGGGAAUGGAGCAGGGGAACAGGAUGAGGUCAGUGAUGAGGCAGAAGAUGAAAAGGACGAGGACUGGCAGUGAGAGAGGGGAGGAAUGGGGAGGACUGGCAGUGAGAGAGGGGAGGAAUGGG